GGGGCAUUGCGUCACUUCCGGCUCGGCGGCGGAGCGGCGGCGCGAAGAUGUUCUAUCACAUCUCCCUGGAGCACGAGAUUCUGCUCCACCCGCGCUACUUCGGGCCCAACCUGCUGAGCACCGUCAAGCAGAAGCUCUUCACUGAGGUGGAGGGGACCUGCACCGGGAAGUACGGCUUCGUGAUCGCGGUGACCACCAUCGACAACAUCGGCGCGGGCGUCAUUCAGCCGGGCCGCGGCUUCGUGCUGUACCCCGUGCGCUACAAGGCCAUCGUCUUCCGGCCCUUCAAGGGGGAGCUGGUGGACGCCGUGGUCACGCAGGUCAACAAGGUGGGGGGGGGGGGCUACGUUACCGGCUGCCGAGCGGAGCGGCUCACGAGGCCACGCUGA